AGCUACACAAAAGUUGAUGUUGGCCGAUCACCGGAGGUGUUGAAGUUUUUGAAUGUCAAGUCAAUCUGUGUUAAAGAAAUUUAAUUGAUUGUAAAUAAACACUACAGCAGAUUGAUCAUUUCAGAGCAUCAUUUAUUAUUUGAAACCUUCGUAUUUUUAACGCACAAUUUUAUUUAAAUAGAACAUUUAUUUGUCCAAAAUGUCAACUCGCCGCAUCAUGAAAGAAACACAACGCUUGUUGUCAGACCCGGUCCCUGGAAUUAGUGCUGUACCCGAUGAAAACAAUGCUCGGUAUUUUCACGUUCUAGUUGCCGGACCUGAGGGCUCUCCGUUUGAAGGGGGAAUAUUCAAACUAGAACUUUUCCUGCCAGAAGAAUACCCCAUGUCUCCACCCAAAGUUCGAUUCAUUACUAAGAUUUAUCAUCCUAAUAUAGAUAAACUUGGUAGAAUCUGUUUAGAUAUAUUAAAAGAUAAUUGGAGUCCAGCUCUUCAAAUUAGAACUGUUCUUCUGUCCGUUCAAGCCCUGUUAAGCGCACCAAAUCCAGAUGAUCCAUUAGCUAAUGAUGUUGCUGAGCAGUGGAAAUUUAAUGAGCAAGAUGCUAUCAAUAUAGCUAAAGAAUGGACUACGAUUUAUGCAAAAAAGUAAACUGUGAUUGCUAUUAUGCCUCGUCUAAAUAAUGUCUUCUGCUUCUGAGCAGUUUUAUUGGUUUUGUUAAGUUCAUAUUUGAUUUAUUUGUAGAAGUCAUCAAUGAACACUUAUCUGGUGAAUGCAUUCAAUGUGUUUUCCAUUUCUUUGUAUUGAAUUAUACCAAUUUCUUAUCAAUAUUUUGAUUUAUUCGUUUUCUCUUUAUAUUUAAAUUAUCUGAAUAGACAACAAAAGUUCAUGCAAAGCAAAUGUUAAAUAAAAAUAGUUAUUAUUUCUUA